AUGAUGUUAUCGGCCGAUGUUCACCUUGGUACCAAAAAUUGCGAUUAUCAGAUGGAGCGUUAUGUCUUCAAGCAACGCAACGACGGCAUUUACAUUAUCAACUUGGGAAAGACAUGGGAGAAGCUUCAGAUGGCUGCUAGGGUUAUCGUAGCGAUCGAAAACCCGAAAGACAUCAUUGUUCAAUCAGCAAGGCCAUAUGGUCAGAGAGCUGUGUUGAAGUUUGCUCAGUACACAGGUGCAAAUGCAAUCGCUGGAAGACACACUCCUGGUACCUUCACUAACCAAAUGCAGACUUCUUUCAGUGAACCAAGGUUGCUCAUUCUCACCGACCCAAGAACCGACCAUCAGCCGAUUAAGGAAGGUGCUUUAGGGAACAUUCCAACUAUUGCCUUCUGUGACACGGAUUCGCCAAUGGGGUUUGUGGACAUUGGGAUUCCUGCUAACAACAAAGGGAAACACAGCAUUGGUUGCCUUUACUGGCUUUUGGCUCGUAUGGUUCUUCAAAUGCGUGGAACCAUUCGUCCUGCUCAGAAAUGGGAUGUCAUGGUGGAUUUGUUUUUCUACAGGGAGCCUGAAGAAGCAAAGCAAGAAGAGGAUGAAGAAGCUGCGCCACAGAUAGAAUAUAGAUUGGUUGGUGGAGACCAAUGGACCACUGCUCAGAUUUCUGACGCUGCAUGGCCUGGUGAAACAUUGGUUGCUGCUGCAUCAGAUGGAUGGGAAACUGCGGUUCCAUUACCGGCUACUGUUACAGCCGCCAGUUGGAAUUAA